ACUUUUUUUCAUUAUUUAAUUUUGAAUUGGCCAACACGACGUGGUUUUUGUUAAAAAUUACUUUAUUCGAUUUUUCCUCUUUUAAACAAGUGUACAUUAAUAGCAGUGUUUCAUCAUGGGUGUGUGGCUAGAGGUAACGACUGCAAAAGCUGAAAAUAGACACGAAAUAAAAUUGGCGGGUGCCGCAAUCUCGAAGCGGAUUUCUGAAGAGGGUUUAGAUAAAACUGUCUUUCAAUUAACAAAUUUGAACCUUUUAAAUAUAAGCGAUACAUGCCUUACAUCAAUACCAGACGAUAUUAAAUUGUUAGUUAAUCUACAAUCACUUCUAUUGUUUGGUAAUAAACUUCAAGAUUUUAACGAAAACAUAACCUCAUUACCGAAAUUAAAGGUGUUAGAUUUAUCACGUAAUCAAAUAACAAAGAUUCCUGAUAGUCUUAACAAAAUGAAGGAAUUGAUGAAUAUAAAUUUGAGUUCAAACCAGAUUGAUACGAUGCCUAGUUUCGGUGAUUUUCCGAAUUUGAUAUCUGUUGAUAUCUCAAAUAACAAACUACCGAGUUUUUUGGACAUUGAAAAUGCGAAUAUGCCACAUUUAACUGAUUUAAAGCUAAAAGGGAAUUGUAUAGAAAUUUUACCUAGCCAUGUGGCCCGUGUUUUGCCUGGACUGAAAAACUUUGAUAUUGGCGAUAAUCAAAUUAAAAUGAUUCCUGGUGAACUCGCCAAUUUAGGAAAAUUAAAAGAACUAAAUUUGAAAGGUAACAAACUAUCAGACAAACGUCUCAUGAAGUUAGUCGACCAAUGCCGUACAAAACAAAUCCUUGACUACAUCCGUGAACAUUGUCCCAAAUCCGAACAAACACAACAAACAAGCAAAGGUAAAGGAAAGAAAGGGAAGAAGCAAGAGGAACCUCCUCCAGAAGAUAUUGAAGAACUCUGUCACUCAAUGAAAAUAUUGCAUGUCGAAGAUGACACCGUACGAGUUAAGAUAAUUGAAUCGGAAGUUGCAAACAUACGUCCAUACAUACUGUGCUGUAUUAUAAAUAAUAUCAAUUUAACGGAUGAAUUAUUUAAGAAAUUCAUACAAUUACAGACUAAAUUACAUGAUACUGUUUGUGAUAAACGAAACGUAGCGACCAUAGCUACACAUGAUAUGUGUAAAGUAGCACCGGGAGAUCUAAUCUACACAGCAAAGCCUCCUAAAGUACUAAAACUCACGCCAUUAUCGAGAUCUCGACCAUUCAGCGGAGAACAGCUGUUCCAGCAGUUAGCAGCAGAAGCUGAAGCUCUUAGGAAGGAGAAGAAGAGAAAUGUUUACACUGGAAUACAUAAGUAUUUAUAUUUAUUAGAAGGCAAACAUAAGUAUCCAUGCCUUGAAGAUGCUAGCGGAAAAGUAAUCAGUUUCCCACCCAUAACAAACUCUGAGGAUACAAAGAUGUCAAGCAGCACAAAGACGAUGCUAGUAGAGGUGACGUCACACGCGUCUCUCUCAGCCUGCAAGACGGUCAUGGACAAGCUGUUGCAGGAAUGUCUGUUGCUAGGCAUCGGAGACGAGGGAGAAGAUGAUGGUUACCACACACUAUCUGUACAACAGGUAAAGAUUGUGGAUACAGAAGGUAAUUUGAAGAGUGUGUACCCAUCGCGAACGGACUGCGUGUACGAAGGCACUAAUAUUAAAGUGUACCGUAUGCCAAAGAAAUAAAGUACAUAAUUGAAUUACAUAAUCUGACAAUUGUAAUUAAUGAUUUCGGAAUAGGAAAUUCCGACCAGCAGGAUUGGACUAAGUGUAUUCGCCCCGAAGCGAUUCCCUUUAUGAAAUCGAACUCCAAAAAUGUAUGGAACUGACGCGUGACAAUCACGUGACUUAUCAAAAGUUAUUUUCACUUGUAUACAUUUUAAGUUUGUUAUGGAAUCGCUUAGUAGCGAAUGCAAUUUGUCUAACCCCGCAGCAAAUAUCUGACAAUCUUAAUUUGGUUAAAUUCAAUCUUUUCCACUGCCAAAAUGUGUUUCACAGGUUAUGUGCUUUUGUACAAAUAUGUUGGCAAUGGAAACACCAAAAAUGUUGCAAUUAAAAUAAUUAAAUCAUAAUCAAUCUGAUUUACCAAUAUGAAAAAAAAAAUGAAAAAUGAUUUAUUGUUUAAACAAAAAUACAUACUAACAUUUGUGCCGGGACUUCCAUUUAAGCAUUCAUAACGGGCUUGUGAUUGGAAGUCCCGCUCUUCCGUGUCACAUAAACAAUAUCAAUGGUACCUUCUUAAUCUAUAUAUUAUAUAAAGACAAAAUAUUCUUUUUAAUAUUUGUCAUAUAAACGUGAUUUUCUAUUAAUGUUCUAUUUUAAUUUUUGUAAGUUUUUUAAAUGCUUUUUUUCUCUUAAUAUAAAUGUGAAUAAGUCAUUUAUUGACAUUAUUUGUAUGUUGUCAAACAACAUAAAAUCAAUAGUGAAGUUUGAAGAUUUCAAGCUAAAACCAGGAAAAUGUAAAGUACAAAAUGUAUAAUUCAUCUUCUAUAAGGUUUGUGUUUUUUUUUGUUAACAUAUUUUUUCCUAGGUGUUAAGCUCUGCGCAUUGAAACCAACAACGCUUGAAAUGUCAACUAAUAUCUACUUAUAACACUUUUUAAAAAUAACUCAACAUAUAUUUUCAUAAUUAUAAUUUGUAUGUUAAACUGAAACUUAGGUUUACAGUUAAAUCUUACCAGAAUUUGAUGUCUAUUUGAUUGAUUAUCGUGUUAUAUUAAAACUUUGAAUUGCGUUAAAAAAAAAUUAAAACAAAAUAGCAGCUUUUCAUUAUCUAUGAUAACCGUCAGUAUUGAUUUGCUGCCACUAUUAAUGUUAAAUUUUUAUCUGUGAUGUAAGUUUUGAAAACUCGCUAUCGCCUGAUUUUGCGUUUAUCUUAAAAUAAGAAAAAGU